GUUGAGCGUGUGGUACAGCGGCGGCUUUGACUGCAGUGGGGCCCCCGGGGUGCUCCUCAACAUGAUCGGCCUAAGGCUUGGACUGAUAAGCUGUGCCUUCUUUCUGGGUGUGAAUGGUUUAUAUUCCUCUAGUGAUGAUGUGAUAGAAUUGACUCCUUCUAGUUUCAACCGUGAAGUUAUUCAGAGUAACAGUUUGUGGCUCAUAGAAUUCUAUGCUCCAUGGUGUGGUCAUUGCCAAAGGUUAGCACCAGAAUGGAAGAAAGCAGCAACAGCAUUAAAAGAUAUAGUAAAAGUUGGUGCAGUUGAUGCAGAUAAACAUCAGUCCCUAGGUGGACAGUAUGGAGUCCAAGGAUUUCCCACUAUUAAGAUAUUUGGAUCCAACAAAAAUAGACCAGAAGAUUACCAGGGUGGUAGAACUGGUGAAGCUAUUGUAGAUGCUGCCCUUAGUUCUUUACGACAACUGGUAAAGGAACGCCUUGGCGGAAGAAGUGGUGGAUAUAGUUCUAGUCGAAGUGAAGGUUCAGGCAAGAAGGAUGUGAUUGAACUGACAGAUGACACUUUUGAUAAAAAUGUACUUGACAGUGAUGAUGUUUGGUUGGUGGAGUUUUAUGCUCCUUGGUGUGGGCAUUGCAAAAACUUAGAACCUGAAUGGGCAGCUGCAGCCACAGAAGUAAAGGAACAGACAAAAGGAAAAGUAAAGCUAGCUGCUGUAGAUGCUACAGUAAAUCAGGCAUUGACUAGCCGAUAUGGGAUUGGAGGAUUUCCCACAAUCAAGAUUUUCCAGAAAGGAGAACCACCUAUGGAUUAUAGUGGUGGGAGGACAAGAUCUGACAUAGUUUCCCAUGCUCUAGAUUUAUUUUCUGAUAAUGCCCCACCACCUGAGCUCCUUGAGAUUGUUGAUGAAGCAGUGGCAAAGAAAACUUGUGAAGAACAUCAACUCUGUGUAGUUGCUGUAUUGCCUCAUAUUCUUGAUACUGGAGCAGCAGGUAGAAAUUCUUACUUAGAAGUUCUGCUAAAAUUGGCAGAGAAAUACAAAAAGAAAUUGUGGGGGUGGCUGUGGACAGAAGCUGGAGCUCAGUAUGAGCUUGAGAAUGCACUGGGGAUCGGAGGUUUUGGAUACCCUGCAAUGGCAGCUGUCAAUACACGGAAGAUGAAAUUUGCUCUUUUGAAAGGAUCUUUCAGUGAGCAAGGCAUCAAUGAGUUUCUCAGAGAGCUUUCUGUUGGUCGUGGCUCCACGGCACCAGUAGGCGGUGGUGUUUUCCCUAAAAUAAGCACAGUAGCCCCCUGGGAUGGCAAAGAUGGUGAGCUUCCCAUUGAAGACGAUAUUGACCUCAGUGAUGUAGAACUUGACGACUUAGGAAAAGAUGAGUUGUGAGAUAUGACAUAGACUUCUUGGGAGCGGAUUUUUCCAGCAGUGGUGGAACAUCCUUUGCAAUCAAAUGGAUAUACCAGUGGCCUUUUUAAAAACAAGCAGCACUCGUUUGGUCAUUUGAAACACUGUAACAGUGAACUGUUUGCAUCUCAAGAAAACACUGAAAAAUUCUAUGAAUUGUUGUUAACCAGUGAAUUUGAUUGUAUUCUGUCAAAUAAUAUUUUGAAAAUAACUGAUUUCUUUUUGUUGUUAAAACAUUUUUUUUUCUAUCCCAAGCGUGCUGUUUGAAGGUUCUUUAAGGCUGUUACUUUACUGUUUUUAAAUGUGAUUUUUUUUUUCCUUCAUUUGAACAACAAUGCUUUGUUCCGGUUAAAGAAUAAAAGCAAAGUACUUUUUGACAGUGCCUAUCAUGUAUGAGAACAAGUCCACAUCACAGAUUUAAUUCAGGGUUUGAGGGUUGUGACGAGUAACUAUUCUCACAGAAUAAUGUCCUUUAGGUUUCUUUCCUUCCUUCUGUAGGUAAGUAGUAAGAAUACAGUAAGUAUGCCUUUUAUAAAGUUUUGAGAACCCAGACAGAACUCUUAGGUGGGAUGUACUCUGUAUACUCUUAAGCAGAAUUAGGGACAAAGCAUUUGGGAAUGCCAGGCAAAACAUGUUUGUGCCUGAAGCAACCACCUAUCCCUAAUACGUCCUGUGCUUAAGACAGGUUUUAAUCAAUUGCUGGUUCAGGGCUUCAUUUCUAACCUAUUGCUCUAAGUCCUCUUUUUAAGGCCUCAUCAAAUGACUAUCAGGGAACAGAACCCAGGUAUAUAGCUAGGCAAUAAGCAAUUUCCAAUUUUGUUAAAUGGCAUGAUGUACCCCAUUUGUAGUAGUCUUUUUUUCAGACUUCAAUGUAAGGCAUGGGAUGUAAGGCCCUAUUUACUUAGGAUCUGGACUCUUCAACCUCAGCAUAUUAUAUCCUCAACUUUGGGGCAGGGAAAAAGAACUAUGAGACUGCAGUACAAAACAGUGGUAAAUAUUUUGCAUUUGUACAUAUAAUGCCUUGUAAAAUUAUCUUUAGAAAAGGGUGACUAGGUGUUCAGUAUUAUCUUAGUUUUUAAUUAUGUUUAAAUUGAAACCAAGAAAAAAACACAUCAAAGUUCAAAGACUAUGGGAGCUUUUCUUUAUUGUAACUUACAAAAAAAUAAAUACAACCAUAACUAA